ACCAAACUCAUCGAUGCCGUCAUGCAUCUUGAGCUGGAAGAAGCAGAAGUUUGCCAUCUAAAGGAGGUCAUAUUGAGAAAAAACAUUUACCUAGACAGCAGAGAUACCCCGGUUGUCAUGGCACACGAAGCCAAGACAGCUGCAGAUACUGCUCUGCAACAACUCACCGACUAUCUGGCAACUCUUGGGGCUCGUCUUCAAUUCGACGUCUCCGGCGCAUGCCUUCUCACGCCCGAAGCCACCAGCCUUGCCGGGAGUGUCGCAAGCAUUCUCAAGGAGAGGGAACAGAAAACUUGCAGGAAGGACUCAUCAUCCAUUGAAGGUCCAUUCGCAGAUGCAGUCCAGCUGGCUUUCACUGUCCAAAUCGUCGUCGCUGAGUUGCCAAUGCCUCUUCAGACGCAGUAG